UCUAAUUAUCGAGUUUGGAGUGCGGAUAAUCCGAUGGCCAAUCCGGAGCUGAAACGACGCGAGGAGGAACUCCAAAUGAAGCGCGUAUGCCGGUUUUGUCUAGAGCCGGACGCUUCGCUGUUGUCCAAAAUCUACGAGAAAGAAUCGAAACCCUCAACAGCACCGCUGACGCUACAAAUAAUGGCUUGUGUGGCCGUCGAGGUCUAUCCCGGAGACGGAAUGCCCGAGUUCAUCUGUAGCGCGUGCCGCGGUGUGAUGGAGCACAGUUAUCAGUUUAAACAGAUUUGCAAAAAAGCCGAUACGCUGCUGAAAUCCUAUCUCACCACCGGCGAAUGGCCUGCUAAGUUAACGGUACCAAAGUUAAUGCCGCAGUCUCCGCCUGCUACCGUUUCCAAGGCCACCAUUCCAAAACCCACCGUUUCAAAAGUUACAGUUUCUGUAGCGAUACCGAAGACAGGAUCAAAACAGUCGCUAGAAAAAGGAAUCCCUUCCAAAGCAUCAACAGAGGCUACGCAGGAACCGAAGCCGGCAAUAAAAACCGAAAAGCUGUCGCCCCGUAUAAUCGUCUUGGGUACGAACAGUUUGCAGCAAAUCAAGAAAGGGCAACCGGUCGCCAGUGCUCCCCAGCCGCCUUUGACACUCUUACGUCCCGCGGGCCCACAACAUACCUCGACACCGAUCGUCCGUCGACCGGCCCCCAAACCACCGAUAACAGUGCAGGCAGUGCAACUAGCUGAACCGGAACCGGUUCAAGAAACGAAACCGGUGCUCUCGCAACCACGGCCUGCUGCAAAGAAGCCAAAGAUUUUAAAUGGUCUCGGCAAGCCAGUGUUAUCAAAGGUUGAAGAGAGCUUCGUAUCCACGGGUGACGGUACGGUGCAGAUGGUGAUUAAACCGACGGACGACGUAGCUCACGGGCCAGAGGCAGUUGAAUACAUAACCGGUGAUGACUACGGUGAAAGGGAUGUGUUUCCCUGUUCGGAGUGCGACCGUUCGUUUCCGCUGAAGCAGCUGCUAGACAUUCAUAAGCUAAACCACUCCCGGGAACGGAACUUCCCGUGCGAAGAGUGUGAUAAGCGGUUCUUCACGAAGUACGAUCUCGCAAAGCACAUGUCCACUCAUACCGGUGAGCGGCCGUACGUGUGUGUGAUUUGCCGGGCCGCGUUCAGCCGCUCGACGCUGCUUACACGCCACCAGACCGUGCAUAAGGACCAACCGAAGUACCGAUGCGUUUACUGUGGACGCGAGUUCCUGGCACCGGCGGAUCUGGGCAAGCACAUGGCAAACCACGAAAAGACACGUCCCUUCCAGUGUUCCUCCUGUCCGAAGAGCUUCCGCUACAAGCAGGGUCUAGAGCGGCAUGAGGUGACGCAUGCUGCCAAUCAGCCGUUCAAGUGCGAAUAUUGCCACCUGAGCUUUAUGUCGAAAGUGAAGCUAUCGCGCCACUUGACGGCACAUGCCGGUUCUCGGCCGUAUCCGUGUCGAAUGUGCAGCAAGUCCUUCCUGUUGAGCCAUCACCUUACGCGGCAUCUGCGGAGUCACGGCACGAGCGAUCAGGCCCAGUAUCGGUGUAGCGAUUGCGAGAAAGUGUUCAAGGAUCAGAACUCGCUCAUCUACCAUUCAGCGCAGCAUGCUACCGAAAGUCUGACGUGUCCUCUGUGCCGCGAACAUUUCGAGGAUGUAGAGCAGGUGGUCGAGCAUAUUCAGUGCCAUUCCGACACGCCACAGUUUCUCUGCGACUACUGCGAUCUCAUGUUUAUCAGCCAAGCGAAGCUGGAGGCUCACUGGAAACAAAUGCAUCUGAAUGAGCUGGCCCAGGAGCGGUCCUCGGUUCAGCACAAGCAAAUCAUGGAGGAAGAUGGAGCAGAAGCAUCGAUGGAGAGCGAAGAUACGGAUAAGGAGGGACAACAGAAGCAAUCAGCGCAGGGGAAUCUCCUGCUUACCAACGAGCAGCGUACAAGGCAGAUCACGAUCGAUGGUGAGCUGAUCGAGGCAGACAUGCUGUUAGAAUCCGAUGUCGCAGGAUUCGAUGAAGGGAACGGGAUUUAUCUUUACGAUGAAAAUGGAGAAAUCUUCCGAGAUCAACCGGAAGUGGAGAACAGUCUGGUGUUCGAAGUGACGGAACUCGAGCUGACACCCAAGGAGGAGGAAAACAACGAUCCGCUUCCGCUCGCUGACCCAUUGGCCACACGAAAAUCUAAACCAUCAUCACAACCAAACGAACCAAGCAAAGCCAAGACGACAUCAGAGGAUGCUAGCAAGAAGCCGAAUCGGCAGACCAGUUUGGAGAACUACUUCAACAAAGAUACAAAGAAAACGGUAUCGGAGGUGCUGAAGAACCUGCCGAAGGGUGUGACGGUUAAAAUGCCAACAUCGUCGGGCAAGGCACAGGAGAAACCAGUUCCUCCCGCUGCCAAGGAACCAAAAGUAUCUCCAGCUGCAACGGCACAAAAAAGAAAAACGGUCACCGAACUUCCGGUUGCGAUAGCAAGCACCACCAUUAAAAAGACUUCCACGGAAGCCCCGAAGAGUGCAUCCACCGGAAACACCGAUAAGAGUAUCCCGCCUAAGGCAAAGGUGCGAGUUGUGACGAAAAACGACGGUCCCCAGGAGGCGGUACGGGAGAAAUCUGUCGCAGUGAAAGCGGCGCAUGAAAGAAAGUUGCCUACCAAAGCAGUGGCCACCGCUGCAGGCAGGCCGAGCGUUGCGGUGAAGCGUCCAGGAGAACCGACCCGUUCUUCAGCCGAUGAGGGAGCGGGUCCUAGCAAACGGCCAAUGACACAGCGAGCAAGCAUCGCGACUAGCAACGCGAUAAAAGUAGACACUACUAGUAUCCGGGCGAUGAAACGUGUAACUGCCGGUACGCCCGUUGGUAAGCCGAUCGAGAUGAAAGUCGGCGGGGAAAAGAUCAAGAUGCACAAAGUCUACCCGAAGUCGGGCCAGGCCAAUCAGAUCAAACUGAGAAGCAAGCAGUAAGAAGAUAGGUGUUUUUAGGAUCUCAAUGUAAGCGUUUAUUUUCUCUUAUUUGUGACGAUGGAGUGUUUUUCAGUUGCCCAAGCAUGACAUUUUUUUUUUAAGGAUGAUUUGAGUAUUCGAUUGUUGCCAAUCUAGAAGAGCGAUUCAAUGUGAAGCGUUAAGUUUAAUUAACUUAAUAACUAGCCGAUA